AUGAAGCACCCUGGAUCCCUUCUACUAGCCUGGCAGGUCAAAGACAAACACUGUCUUGUGAUUGGUGGCGGAGACGUUGCUCUAAGCCGCGUCCAUCAUCUCAUUCGGGCACAGGCACGAAUUACCGUUAUCAGUGGACCCAAUGUCCACCCAGAGAUUCAAGAGUUGGACGAUAAGGGAGAGAUUUUCAAGCUCUUGAAGCGUGACUAUGAUCCUGAUGAUUUGAAAAUGUAUGAGAAGCAGCUGCUUGAAUUGUCGUACAAGGACAUUGACGAGUCCCAUUAUGCUCAGAUUGAUGAGCAGGUCAAAGACGAAGUAUUCGCUUGUGUAUUGUGCUGCAUCGAUGAUCCAGUGCUUCUGACAAAGGUAUACUAUCAAUGCAAGCACCUCAGAUUACCUGUCAAUAUUGCCGAUAAGCCGCCAAUGUGUGACUUUUACUUUGGCUCCAUGUUCAACCAGGAUUCCCUUCAAAUCAUGAUUAGUACUAAUGGAAAGUCUCCACGGUUGCUGAAGAUGAUCAAGGAUGAUAUUGCUAAGCAAUUUGCAGAUGUGAAACUCAACGAUGCUGUUGAUACUCUUGGAGCUAUUCGGGCCAACUUGAGAGAAAGAAAGUUACAAGAUAACAGCCUAGAGACGAUAGAGAAGCGCAUGGAGUGGAUCAAAAAGCUCACGGAUUUCUUCACCCUCCGUCAAUGGACUCAGGUUGAGCUUUCUAAGGAACAGGUAGACAAAGUCGUCGACACUUAUCCAGAUUUUCCACCCAGUGACUACAAUGAGUUUCUUCGCUUUGUAUCAUAG